CAAAAUCUCGCAGACAAAAUCUCGAGAACCGCACUCAAACCACUGAAAGGCAGCAGUAAACGAAGCAAGUCAAGUGAUCUCCACAAAAUAUUAAAAAAAUAGUUUGAUUUCACAACGUUUACAAACUUUUUAAAGUUUAAUUAAGACCAUUGUGCUAAAUUUGUGUACGCGAAACCGAUCUAUUAGUCGACAGUGUGAAGAAAUCGUACCAUCGUCAUAAUGCAAGGUGAGCAAAAUUAUCUUCUCACAAACGAUCCUAAUAACCAAUAUUACGGCGGUUACCCACAACAACCAGGAUAUAAUCAAGGUGGUUAUCCUUCUCAGCCCUACCCUCCAACACAAGGAUAUCCCAGUUAUCCACCUCAACCUGGAUAUCCGCCACAAGCCGGUUAUCCUCCUCAGCCAGGAUUUGCACCACAACCAGGAUUUCAGCCCUCGUAUCCACCCCAAGACCAAGGAUUCAUAGGACAACCAGCAAUGCCACCAGGAGGAAAUUAUAGCAAUUAUGAUCCAGAAGAUCAAAGCGCUAAGGGCUUUGAUUUCUCAGAUCAAUCAAUCAGAAAGGGAUUCAUUCGAAAGGUGUACUCAAUUCUUACGGUUCAACUUGGUAUAACCCUCGGCUUCAUAGCCUUGUUCAUGUAUCACAAAGGAACUAAGUUAUGGGUUCAGAGACACCCCGAAAUGUUUUGGAUCGCUUUGGGGGUAAUGAUCGUUACUCUCAUAUCGAUGGCAUGCUGUGGCAAUGUUCGACGCAAGGCUCCGAUGAAUUUCAUCUUUCUGGCAUUAUAUACUUUCGCCCAAUCGUUUCUGCUUGGUGUCACCACAGCCAAUUUCAGCUCGGAUGAGGUUCUUCUUGCGGUUGGUAUAACGGCAGCAGUUUGUCUCGGCCUUACACUUUUCGCUUUCCAAUCAAAAUGGGAUUUCACCGUUAUGGGUGGAGUUUUGUUCGUGGCCGUUAUAAUUUUGAUGCUGUUCGGAAUCAUCGCUAUCUUCUUCCCAGGAAAAACAAUCACAAUCGUUUAUGCAAGUGCCGGUGCUCUUUUGUUCAGUAUCUAUUUGAUUUAUGACACUCAACUGAUGAUGGGAGGUGAGCACAAGUACAGCAUAAGCCCCGAGGAGUACAUUUUUGCAGCACUGAACCUGUAUCUGGAUAUUAUCAACAUCUUUAUGUAUAUUCUUACAAUCAUUGGCGCGUCGCGCGACUAAAUGCAUUAGUGUUAUGUGACAGCGCGUACCAAACAGUAAUACCUACUAUUAAUAAGCUCGCGGAAAAACUAAGCAUCGCAUAUAUUAUUACAACUUGGAACGUCCUUUCUAUGAUAAAGAUAUUUCUUAUGGUUUUUAUAUUAAGUAGGGCUAUUUAUAUUUGUUGUUACCAACCAUAUAGCUUCACGCCUGCAAAUGUUACCUGUUCAAAUAUAUAUAUGAAGAAGAGAAAUGACGCUCCAGUGUGUAAUGGAUUAAACAGAACUAUUUUACUUCAUUACUAAAAUCAUCGAAUGUGUAAUGGGAUUGACCCCUUAUGGAUAACCAUAAAAUUCUAAAAUGAUAAUAAAAUGUAUUUAGUUCCAAUUACGGAUCUCGCAAACGUGA